UUAAUUAAGCAACAACGUCAGUUGGUUGAUGACGUAAUUGUUACGUCAAGGUUUAGGUUAUUAUACUAACGCGCGCGCGUAGGUAUCACAACAAAAGCGUAGACUAACGCGCGCAUGCAUGUAACACCCCGUAUAACCUUGAAACCAAAACACGCACGCAUGUAUUGUACGCGCGUGCGCGCGUGUGUAAGUGAAAUUGCCGCUUCGUUACGUCAUCUUCAAAAUGCCAGAUCUGCCCACGCGUGCGUGCUUUGGUCACAUGCGUUACCGAGUCACGAGUUGAGCGCUUGAUCGUCUGUAUGGUGAAGUUUCGUCAAUAUUUUCUUCUUUUGUGGAAGAACUACGUUUUACAGAAACGCAGACCGAUUUCUACGGCAUUUGAGAUCAUUCUGCCAACAUUUUUCAUCCUAAUUCUCGCCGUUAUCAAAACAAAUCCGAACUUGAAAGAGGAAACGAGAUGUGCGAACAUUAGUGAUGCAGGCUGCUCGUGGUCGAGGUUUAGACCAACAGACGGACUUAGUGAAAACGAGGCAAAAGAAUGGCUGGACUUUGGGGUCGACCUCCCAAUCUUGCUGGAGACACCGCCGUUUAACAAAACAAAAAAGCUUGCAUUUACUCCAAACACGACACUCACUCAACGAAUCAUGACAAGAGCUAUGGACAUCAUUAUCAAUGCCACACAAGUUCCCUCCAUCAUUGAAGCUCAGCCGUUCAAAAAUGAAACCGAAAUGGUCAACUACCUUGUCGAGCUGAACAACAAUGCGUCGUUUCAUAGAAUCAACAAAUUGGAUAUUUUUAAUUACUCGGAUUAUCUCGGAGCCGUUGUCUUCAAGUUUUCUGACAAUGCAGAGACUCUCCCUGUAAAUAUUGACUACCAAAUACGUCUUAAUUCUCGGCCGCGUUUGUGUGCUCUUGAUCCUACGCAGGACAGUGGGAUUAACACGGAUCCGUCUUUGGAAUGCACGUGGCUCACACAGCUUGCGUAUCCUCUUUAUCCACUGCAGGUGCUACGAGAUGAAAAAUAUAGACAGACAGACAGACAAAUAGAAAAUAUACGUAUAGACAGACAGACAGAUGAGCAGGAGACAGAUGGAUGGACAGACACACAGACAGACAGACAGAAAAUAUACGUAUUGACAGACAGAUAGACAGACAGACAGACAGACAGACAGACAGACAAGCAGCAGACAGAUGGAUGGACAGACACACUGACAGACAGACAGACAGAAAUAUACAUAUAGACAGACAAACAGACGAGCAGCAGACAAAUGGAUGGACACAGCGUUCUAGCCAGGAUAUUUAGCCAACCGUCGAUAUGACGUCAUUAAAUAUAAUAACGUCAAUUAAUGAUGUCAUCAAAUGUUUGAUGUUGACAUAUUUUUAGUAAUGACAUCAUAAAAUUACUUUAUCUGUUCUCUACUUGUAUUAGAGUCAGAUGCAUGUAUAUUAGUAGUUAGAGAUAUCCUAUGUUCCAUAGGUGAGACCAAAUGGGAUAGAUACAGACAUGGGCAUAAUUAUGGAGCCACCCUGAGCAUGUGACUUAGAUUAAAAAGUUAUUGGACUUUCUCAGACACUGCAAGUACAUGCAUCUACAGUGACAGCUGCAAUUUUUAGUAAAUUCAAAACAAGUUAUAAUGGUAAGGUAAUGGCUCUGAUUAUGCCAUCCUCAUAUCUGAGAUUGGAGGUGAUGUUUGACCUGUUGAGAUA